GAGGGGGGAGAGAGACAGAGUUGGGUGUACUGGGGGUGUGGCUUGGCCUAUAUCUUUCUCUUUCUCACCCUCGCUCUGAGCCAUAUCCACCCAUCCAACCAAGACUUCUUUCUUGCUCCCUGUCUUUCUUUCCUUCUUUCUUCUCUUUCUUUCCACCAUCUUUCCGUUCAUUCCCUUCCUCUUUCUCUCUCUCUCUCUCUCUCGAUGAGAUACCUUCUCCACCACCAAGCUUGCUGAUGGAUCAGCCCAUCCUCAACAACAAUAACAGCAAUGCCAACCAUAACCACAACCACAACACGAUGGCGCCUGUCAAGGGGACCGAAGAAGAGCUCCCUCAGACUCCAGUUGUCAACAGACCUCCAGAGAAGAGGCAGAGAGUUCCCUCAGCAUACAACCGAUUUAUCAAGGACGAAAUCCAACGCAUCAAAGCUGGGAAUCCGGACAUCACUCACAGAGAGGCCUUCAGCGCCGCUGCUAAGAACUGGGCCCAUUUCCCCCACAUCCAUUUCGGCCUGAUGCCUGAUCAGGGCCUGAAGAAGAACAGCGUCCGCCAGCAGGAGGGAGAGGACGUUCUUCUCAAGGACGGUUUCUACGCCGCCGCGGCAGCGAACAUGGGCGUCACUCCGUUCUAGGCGGCAAGGACGCUGCCUGUGGCUGGUUCUAGGGUUUCGUUGCGCUCGUGCUGCUGCUACUGCUGCCACUACUGUUAGGGUUUCCUCUUUCUUUCCUAGCUUUAUUAUGUGGAAAGGAACUGUUAACAGCCUUUAUUUCUAGGGUUUCUCUUUCUUUCGUUUCUUCUCUCUUCUUGGUUUCAAUGUCGAGUAAAGGAGGGGCUGUGUGCUGUGAAAAAGGUUGAGAACGCCUGUGGGAAAGGUCGGUAUGCUGCCUUAUAUUCCAAACGUGUUGUUAUGGACAAAUAUCUCUUUGAAACUACUUAGUAGUCUACCGUUCCCAUUUACUUUCUCUUUU